AGAGACUUCCACAAUGGUUGCAAAUGAUACAGUUUAGGAAAAAGGUUUUAGACAAGUCAAAGAUGGAUACCUUAGGAAGAUUGGACAAGCAAUCAAAGAGUUCCCUUCAAACAAGAUCACAACACUAUGGCUGGUGUGGAAGAAAAAGUUGGAUUCAGAUAUUCCACUGACAUCAGAACCAGACAAAUACCAAACCAGUCUGAGGGUGGUCACCGUUGUCACAAUUAGAAGGUUCCAAAUCUUCCUCUAGAGGGCCACAGCUCACCUAUUUGCUUGCUGUCUCCUACUGGUGCAAGCUGGGUCAAAAACCUGCACCUCACACCGAGCAGGAUCACAUUGAUAGGUGCCACAAUCCCAGGACAAGUACUAAGCUGUAUGAAGUUUAGCCUACUGUACCCAAACUAUCCCCUGAUUACAUCACCAAGAAAAUGACUUGGACUCAUGGAGGUUUACCAUGAAACAUCUCUACCAUAGGAUCACACAAUCAAUAAGAUGAAUGAGAAACAGAAAGGGUGUCAGUUCAAGUCUUUCCAUGGUUCAUUCAUCACAACAAAAAGAAGUAUAAUGUCCAAGUUGCAAUUAAUAUCAGUCAAAGAAGGCAAAGGAUAAUAUAAAUUAUUCUUCCAUAUCAAUAAUCAACAUGGACUUUGUGUACACUCCAAAGCUACUAAAAUUCUGAUUCCAAUAUGCAAUCAAUGCAUGUGUCUUCAGUUAUUAGAAUCUUUCAGAAGAGAGCUGUAUGAAUGUGACUAAUGGGUGCAUCAAUGACACAAUAAUUGAUGGUGGGAAUCCUGAUAGAUGGCCGAGUCUAACACGCCACUCUUCCAGAGGUUGCCCAUGUUCAAAUGGUCAAGACAUGAGGCAACAUGCUGAAAGCUGGCAAUAUCCUGUCCACACUCUGCAUCAUUUGUUUAAUUUUGCCAUUGGUUUGAUGAGGCCAAGAUGGGGUCGUUUCUACAUUGGCCCAAUUCAAUUCUCAGUAUGCUUCGGUGCAGUCAUUGGCGCCGCUCUGCUGGGUGGACAGAGCAUGAAGUCCAUAUACUUGAUCGCCAGGCCAGAUGGCAUGAUGAAGCUUUAUGAAUUUGUUGUCAUCUUUGGGGCGUUCAUGCUGAUCCUCGCGCAGAUCCCCUCCUUCCACUCCCUCAGGCACAUCAACCUCAUCUCGCUCAUGCUCUGCUUGGCCUACAGUGCGUGUGCCACUGCGGGCUCCAUCCAUGCAGGGCACUCGUCUACCGCACCACCGAGAGACUACUCCCUUCCGAGCGACAGCCAAGAUCGCGUCUUUGGAGUGUUCAACGCCAUUGCUAUCGUCGCUACCACCUUCGGCAACGGAAUCAUUCCGGAGAUACAGGCAACAGCAGCUCCUCCUGUGACGGGGAAGAUGUUCAAGGGCCUCUGCCUCUGCUACACGAUCGUGGUGAUGACGUUCUUCAGCGUCGCGAUAUCAGGCUACUGGGCGUUCGGCAACCGAGCUCAAGGUUCCAUUACCGCCAACUUCAUCCUGCAAGACGGCUCCGUUCUGGUCCCCAAGUGGUUCCUCAUGAUGACCAAUGUGUUCGUCCUGCUCCAAUUAGCAGCCGUAGGAGUGGUAUACUUGCAGCCAACCAACGAGGUGCUGGAGGGGCUGUUCGCCGACGCAACGAAGGACCAGUACUCCGCUCGGAACGUCGUGCCGAGGCUCAUCUUCCGAUCGCUAUCGAUCGUCAUUGCGACUCUCAUAGCCGCCAUGCUGCCCUUCUUCGGCGACCUCAACGCGGUCAUCGGCGCUUUCGGGUUCCUGCCGCUGGAUUUCACGGUGCCGUCGGUGUUGUACAACAUCACCUUCAAGCCGUCGAGGAGAAGCUUCAUCUUUUGGCUGAACGCCGCCAUUGCCGCGGUGUUCUCGAUGCUGGCCGUGCUGGGUUCCAUUUCGGCGGUGCGGCAGGUGAUUCUGGACGCCAAGACAUACAAGCUUUUUGCGGAUGUAUGAACCACAUUUAACGUGUAACAGUAAAUAAUUGCCCCUCUCAUUAUGAUUUUAAUGACACGCAAAUGAAAUUAAAUUUGAUAUUUAAAACAAUAUUUCAUUUUGGGCUUUUAUGGAUUGAAA